AAACAACCAUCCACUUGUCUCACAUUUUCUUAUUCUUCGUUAUAAACCUCUUUAUUAAAACCACUAAUAUUUUUUUAUACUUUUUUCCCCUCAAGCUCAACAACUCUCAUCAAAUUCAUCAAUGGCGGAAAACCCGAUUUCAUUCGACCCGACCCAUCAUCCAUUUCCGCUUCCCACACCUCCUAUCGACGAUGCAAAUUUCUUCUCUACUGAUUUCUUGCCCUUCAAUGGCGAAGAUUAUCCCUUUGACGUUGACGUUGACGUUGACGUGGACUCUGACUUUAAUCUCGAUGAUCUCACAUUCGUCGAUGGUUUUCUGUUGGAUCAUCCAUCUUUAGAAAAUUCUAAUUCGGGUCUUUAUGAUGGUUCGGAGAUUCGCCAUUCCGGUGAAUUUGAUGGUAAUCAUAACCCUAACCCUAACCGUAGCCCUAGGGUUUAUGAAUGUUCGUCGCCUGAGGCUAAUCAAGGUGCAAUUUCAUCCGAGGAGUCUAAUUAUGGGGCAAAAUUGAGUUGUCCUUCACCGGAUUCUGGUAAUUCAGGAGUUUCUCAGAAUUUUCGUGGUGAUUCAGGUAAUUCUAGUGAUCGUGACGUUUCUUCGAAUUCAUUUGCUUUUGGUACUAAUGCUAAAUUAUCUCAGAUUAAAGUGGAAGAUAUAGUUGGAAAGAGUAAUGAUAGUAAUAAUAAAAGUAACUGUUUGAUUUCUAAGAGGAAGAAAGAACAUGAACAUGAAAAUGAACAAACUGAAGAUGGUAGAAUUAAUAAGUUUAGGAAAUCAUCAUCGUCAGUGGUGGAAAAUGGUAGUAUCGAUGCAGGUAGUAACGAUAAUGAUGAUAAGAGGAAAGCUAGGUUAAUGAGGAAUAGGGAAAGUGCACAGCUUUCUAGGCAGAGGAAAAAACAGUAUGUUGAAGAACUUGAGGAUAAGGUUAGAUCAAUGAAUUCGAUGCUUACGGAAUUGAAUGGGAAGAUUUCUUAUAUAAUGGCGGAAAAUGCGAGUUUGAGACAGCAAUUGGCUGGUGGUGGUGGGGUCCCGACCCCUCCACCACCUCCCGGGAUGUAUCCUAUGGCUCCGAUGCCAUAUCCAUGGAUGCCUUAUGCGCCUUAUAUGGUUAAGCCGCAAGGAUCUCAUGUUCCGUUGGUUCCUAUACCUAGGUUGACUAAACCACAGCAGCCUGCCCCGGCUCCUAAGGUUAAUAGAAAAUCAGAAGGUAAGAAGGGUGAAGGGAAGACGAAGAAGGUUGCGAGUGUUAGCUUUUUAGGGUUGUUGUUUUUCAUGUUGCUCUUUGGAGGGCUUGUGCCAUUGGUUAAUGUUAAGUAUGGUGGGGUUGGAAAUGGGUUUGAUCAUGUGCAAAAAGGGGGUGUGUUUAUGGUUGAUAAGCAUGAGGAGGUUUCAGAGGGUAGAGUUAGUAGUAGUCAUGGGAGAAUACUUCAGCAGUCGAAUAGCUCAGAUUGUUAUGGAAUAAAUGGGAAUUCGAGCGAGCAGCUGGUAGCAUCAUUGUAUGUUCCAAGGAACGAUAAAUUGGUGAAGAUUGAUGGGAACUUGAUCAUUCAUUCGGUUCUUGCUAGUGAGAAAGCUAUGGCGUCUCGUACAGCUGAGGAAAAUAAGCCUAGUGAAGAAACAAGCUUGGCUAUUCAUGGUGGUUAUCCACCUUAUCCUACUCCUGGACCUGGGAGCGAUAAAUGGAGACACCCUCAUCUAGAUAGAAAUCAAAAUGGAAGGCAAAGGGCUCUUGGCGCAGGUUCUUCUAAUGAGUUUUCACCAGCUGGAUCUGAUGGCAAGCUUCAACAAUGGUUCCGUGAGGGACUUGCAGGGCCUAUGUUGAGUUCUGGCAUGUGCACUGAAGUCUUCCAAUUUAACGCCUCGCCCACCCCUGGAGCAAUAGUUCCAGCUACAUUCGUUGCUAAUAUCGCGUCGGAGCACCUUAAGAACUCUACUCGCACUAAUAAAACCAGGAACAGAAGGAUUCUCCAUGAUCAUGUUAUUCCUCUUGAUGCCCAUAAGCUAAACGCUUCUGAAGAGCAUGUGGCGCACGGAGAGAAUGCUGGACUUCAGGGAAACAAAUCCAGUUCGUCAAUGGUUGUGUCUGUUCUUGUUGAUCCCAGGGAAGCUGGUGCUGGCGAUGGUGAUGGAGAAGGUGUGAUUAGAUCAAAGACCAUGUCUCGGAUCUUUGUUGUGGUUCUCAUCGACAGCGUCAAGUACGUGACGUACUCAUGUAUGCUUCCAUUCAUGAGUUCGAGCAAUCAUGUGGUGACAACUUGAGCAUGUUUGUCGAUAUAAUAAGACCAGUGAUAGAACUGACAUAAUCCAUCUCCUCCACAGUUUUGUACAGUACCAAUAGUUAUGACCUUCUAAACUCUGUAGACUCUUAAUUAGCUGGUCUUCCUGUUGCUAAGAAACCUCUGUAAAACGGGUUUUUUUAUCUUCAUGUUGAGAUCUUGGUUACAUGGUGUGCUAACAUGUAUCGUUUGGCCUACCUUGACGUUGAGAAUGUUGUGUAGUUGGACAGAAUGGGAUCUAAUGGCUAAUCGAGGUUUUGGCCUUUUGCAAUGUAAAAGUUUUAUUCCUUGUGA